AUGGUGAUCUACACAGUAACGACACACACUGGACAGAGGCUUCUGGCGGGCACCAAGAGCCUUAUCUCUAUCCAGCUGCGUGGUACUGAGGCUGAAAGUGAGGAACAGAAUCUACAACGCUUUCAGGGCUUUUGUCAAGGAUCGGUGCGUGCUUUUAAGAUAAAUUGCAAGGCGUCCCUGGGAGAGCUCAUAUCUGUCAAGCUCUUCUCCAAGCCGUUUAUGGGUCUUCUUUACGACCAGUGGUUCUGCGAUAAGAUCUUAGUCAACACGCCCGAAGGUGACAAGAUUUUGUUUCCGUGCUACUCCUGGCUUGGCUGUAACGAGAGUCUGGUUUUAAGACCUGCUAAAGCUUCACUCGUGUUCCAGGACAUCAACCCAAUAGCCCAAAGACAAAGGACGAGGCAGCGAGAAGAGCAACAAAAGUUAUUUAGGUGGCGAGUGUAUGCUGAGGGCACACCCCAAGUGAUCGAUUACGACACCGCCCUUGCUCUGCCAGCUGAAGUCCAGUUCUCUUUCACAAAGGAAACCGAGUUUUACUCCAUUGGUGGAAUGCAGUUCGCUGCUCUGAAGCUAACUGGAUUAGCUGACAGCAGAAGAUCGUGGAAAAGCAUCAGCCAACUGGCCAUGAUCCUUUAUGAAAACAGAAACAAAACCUUUGAAUACAUUCGGGAGCACUGGGAUGAGGACGAGUUCUUUGGCUACCAGUUUCUAAAUGGCCUCAACCCCAUGAUGAUCCAGCACUGCUCAAAGCUGCCCGAGAAUUUCCCCAUCACAGACGACAUGGUCAAAGACUCCCUAAGAGGGAGCAGCUUGGAGCAGGAGAUGAAGAAAGGGAACAUCUUCCUGUCUGACUAUAAGAUAUUGGAUGAGCUGGUGGGAAAUGUAGUCAGUGGCAGGCAGCAGUAUCUCACGGCUCCCCUGGUCCUGUUGUACUGCGACCCCCAUGGCAUGAUGCUGCCCAUCGCCAUACAGUUAAAGCAAAAACCCAGCAAAGAGAAUCCCAUCUUUCUCCCAACGGAUUCAAAGGCCGACUGGAAACUGGCCAAGAUCUUUGUCCGAAAUGCAGAGUUUGCCGUUCAUGAGGUUGACUUUCACCUGCUGAGAACUCACCUUCUGGCAGAGGUGUUCACCGUGGCGACGUUGCGCAAUCUUCCCUCUCCACACCCUCUCUACAAGCUCCUCUUUCCCCAUAUCCGAUACACACUCCAGAUCAACAUCAUGGCACGGAAUCAGCUGAUAUCCAAGAAUGGGGCCAUUACCAUGUAUGCAGGAAUUGGCGGAGAGCCAUUGGCAAAGUUACUGAAGCGUGCUACUGCCUCCCUGACCUACAGCGCCCUCUGUCUUCCUGAUAACAUCUCUGAGAGAGGCCUGGAGAAUGUACCCCACUACUACUACAGAGAUGAUGGGAUGAAACUGUGGAACAUCAUCAACAAGUUUGUUGUGGCUUUCUUGUCACACUACUAUCAAUGCGAUGCACACGUGCAGAAGGACACAGAGCUGCAGGAUUGGAUCAGUGAGAUAUUCACCAAUGGCUUCCUGGGAAGAGAUGGCUCAGGAAUGCCAUCAUCUUUUCAGACCGUGACAGAGCUCGUCAAGUUUGUCACCAUGGUGAUCUUCACUGCAUCAGCCCAACAUUCCGCUGUAAACAAUGGACAGUUUGACUUUGGCGGCUGGAUGCCUAACUACCCCACUGCCCUCAGAAAGCCCCCUCCCAAGGAGAAAGGCCAGACCACUGAGGACACGAUCCUGGAGACCCUUCCUGAUGUGAGCACGACGGUGAAUGGGACGGCUGUCCUGAGACUGCUGAGCAAGGAUUCUACAGACCAUUACCCUCUGGGUCAUUUCCCAGAAAAUCUAUAUGAUGAAGACAUCCCCUGCAAGCUUAUUGAAGAGUUUCAAAAGGAUCUGAGGGAGUUGUCGGACCUCAUCGAGGAGCGGAACAAGAAGUUGGAGCUUCCCUACACCUAUCUGAACCCCAAAAAUGUGGACAACAGUGUAGCCAUUUGAAAGGAGACAGUAGUCCUUCUUAAUAUGUUUGUCUUUCUAAAGAACCCCAAAAGGGGCCUUUGCAAAAAAAAAAAAUAUACAGAGUUUCACUAAAAUUUCCGGUUUGUAUAUACUAAAACCCAUUUCAUUUGUGCGUCACUGCCUGUGAAGAAAGCAAGAGUAUGCAUGCACAUGAACUACUAAAGAUCUGUUUGCUCAAAAUUACAAAGAUCUAUGCUCAAAAUUAUGAAGAAAAUGUGAGCAUGAAUGAAUUAAUAAAGAUCUAAUACGGUUUCAAAUAUGGUGCGAUAAACCAAAAAUAAAUAAAUAAACUAACGUUAAACAAAGGGCACAGAUUGCACAAUCUACUCAUCCUUGAUUGUCUUGUUAAGAUGACGCAGGAGUGCAUUCCAAAAGAAGAGUUUUUUGGACCCCUACACCCUUCAUCCCUCUCACUCCGGAGGGUAAACCCUUUGAAGGGAUUAGGGCAUAGGGAUUAGCCCUUCCGAAUGGAAUGCAGUGUUUGUUUCUUGUGCACACAUGAAACUCUGUCAAUUUUUUAUUUUUGCAAAGGUCCCUUUGGGGGCUCCGUAUCUUUCUGUUAAUAGCUUUGUCAAUUAAAAAAAAAAAGAACUUUCAUAUAUUAUAAACUAGUGUUGUAAAACUAAAACAGUCCUAUCUUUGUUGUUUGUACCUUUGUGUUACAGGGCAAAGUACAGUAUGAUGCAAUAUUUUUUUUGUUUUGUUUAUUCCAAAAACAACGACUUGUUCAGUUUAGAAACCAGCAAACAAGAAGGGGUCCACUCCAGGGUAUAAUUCCAGGUGCAUUUAUGGCAUAUAAAUUAUCUAGACAUUUACAUGAUUUUUAUUUUAACAUAAAAAGUCUCAACAUUGCGUCAACAGA